UAUCCAUAAAUGGGGAUAGUAGCCAUUUAUGAGGAUCUUCCACAACCUGUUUAAAUUUGUUCGCAUAUACACUAUUCAUUUUAAUUUACCUUAGUAUAAAUAGGCUAUUCAAACAUUUAAAUACACACUCUACUGCAAAAUUGUGUACACAAAUUGACGAUCAAUAGUGUUAGACACAAAAAUGGAGAGCGUUGAAGUAUUGUUUUGGUCAAAAGCAACUGGAACGUUCCUGAUUUCGUCAGCCUUGCUUUACAUCGCAUGGAAAAAAAUGAAAAACAAAGCUCCGAAGAAGGAUCAUCCACCAGAUACAGUAAUAGUUCAUCAUCUUGGACGAGGACCAUAUGCACCCAGUUUGACACCAUAUGGUAUUAAAUUAGAAACGUACCUGCGAAUGGCAAAAAUUCCUUAUGAAAAUGAACACGGUUCCGCUUCUAGCAAAAAAGGAAAAUAUCCAUGGAUUGAAUACAAUGGAAAGUGCAUAUCAGAUUCUCAGCUUUGUAUAGAAUAUUUAAAUGAUAAACGAGGAAUCGAUCUAGACAGAGACUUUACAGUAAUGGAAAGGGGAACAGCAAGAGCUUUCCAGAAAAUGUUAGAAGAAAACACUUACUGGGCAUUUGCACUGGAUAGAUGGGUAUAUAAUGUUUGGACAGCUUGUAAAGCUAUGAAAGUUCCAACAUUAGCUGGUUAUUAUGUCAGACGGCAAGUGAGGAAUAAUACGUAUGCCCAUGGUAUUGGACGACAUAGUUCAGAUGAGGUGUAUCAUAUUAUGGAGCUUGAUUUAAAGGCCCUUUCAGACUUCUUAGGUAAUAAAAAAUUCCUGCUCGGAGACAAGCCAUGUCAGGAAGACUGUAGUGUAUUUGGUAUUAUUGGUAAUGCUUACUGGCAAUCGUUCGGCAGUCCAGUAGAAUCAGCUGUCAAAAAAUAUAGAAACUUAUGUGAUUAUUGUGAAAGGAUGAAACAGACAUUCUGGCCUGACUGGGACGAAUGUAUUACCCAUGGACACACAAAAGACGCAACUAAAUGAUUACUUUUGUAAUGAGCUUACUUGCUUGCACAUAAUGCUAUCAUAAGAAAACUUAAAUCUGAAAUAAAAUGUUUGCAUUCACAUCA